AUGGAUGUACGAAUUGCACUGUGGAUGCUUCUCACUUGUGUAGACAUAAACGCCAAGAGAAACGUGUCUGUACAGUUUACGUUGCAGAAAGGAACUGUAGCCUACAAUAUCUCACCGACUGGUCUAGUAGUGUCCACUUCGUCCGUAGUUUCUUGUGCCAGGCGAUGUCUAGAUGAUGAGGAUACCUGCAACUGUUUCGUAUUCAAUACCUCGUCAAAUGUAUGCACUCUAGGUCAGUGCUUGCCGUUGAAGGUUCCCAUCCAGCCAGCACCUCAGAACUUCUAUGUCAAAUCAGUCACAUUGUACUGCAAUCAAAGUGUCGCGAAUUUCAGUUUGAGAACUGCUGACAGCGUUGGCGCGUGCGUGUGGGUAUCAACAACGGAAGCAAGUUAUGACGAUGCCAAAACCUCAUGCAAAGACUUGGGUGCCAAUCUGUACACCAUUAAAGUUAUUGAAAAGAAAGCCCUAAUGUUGGACCUAAUGAAUGGCACCAAUGUCCCUCACUGGAUCGGCCUGGACUGCCUCGUUAAAGGCUGUGACUUCAGAUGGGUUGAUGACAAUUCAAUGCUGAACGUAACUUUUCAAAUAUUCUCUGACUCUGGGCCGAGUUCUUGUAACACAACAGAGAAAUGUGCGGCCUUUCAUCCAAAGUAUUACCCCGUUAACGAUAUCUCCUGUUCCAGAAAGGAAAGAUAUAUCUGUGAACAAGCGCCGUUGACCAUCUAAUUAGAUGAUGCCCAAACCAUGGCCUGCGGGUCAAUUCGUGGCCGCUUGGGCCAAGUGUUACCCGACCACUGGAGACUUCAUCGCAUGAUGAAACACUGAACGCUUGAACUCGACGAUAUGUAGUGCAAAGUUUAUUCACUAUGUCUGUCUGUCUGUCUGUCUGUCUGUCUGGUACGAAUCUUGUACAUGUUUUUUUCUCCUACUUCCAUUCUCGGAUCAAGUUAAAAGUUUUUACAGUUUUUUCAUUA